AUGUCUUCAGAUCCUCAUCAAAUCUUGGUAAACAACUGGUCUGCUACAUCCUCAGUUUGUGACUGGAGAGGAGUCACUUGUGGCUCUCCCCACCGCAGAGUCACCGCCUUGAACAUCUCCAACUUGGGUCUUACAGGCAUCAUUCCUCCGCAGUUGGGGAAUCUGUCUUUUCUCAUGUCCCUCGACAUGAGCGGGAACAAUUUUUAUGGAGAACUUCCCCAUGAGUUGACUCGUUUGCGCAGGUUACAAGUUCUUGAUUUCUCCAUUAACAAGUUUAGUGGAGAUAUUCCCUCUUGGGUCGGUUCCUUGCAAGGACUCCGAAAUCUUUCCCUCGGGAACAAUACUUUUACGGGUUUUAUCCCACCUUCCAUCUCUAACAUGUCAAAGCUGGAGACCUUAAGACUCUCAUUCAAUCCCCUGCAAGGAACAAUUCCAAGGGAGAUCGGAUAUCUAAACAAAUUGAAGAGAAUAUUCAUGUACUAUAAUCAGCUUUCAGGUUCUUUGCCAUUGGAUAUAUUCAACAUUUCCUCACUGGAAAUGAUUGCAUUUCAAGGUAAUAGCCUUUCUGGCAGUCUUCCAGUCGGCAUAUGUUCCCGUCUCCAAGGUCUCACAUGGCUUGACCUUUCCCACAACAGUUUAAGUGGUAGGAUACCUUCAUCAUUAUUGGAAUGUUCAAAGCUUCAAGCACUAGCAUUGGCUGACAACAAUUUCGGCGGAGCGAUACCGGCAGGAUUUGGGAACUUGACGGCGCUCGAGCAUCUAUAUCUUGGUGACAACAAUUUAGAUGGUAGCAUUCCACAAGAGUUUGGUAACUUAAAAAAUAUAGAAUUUCUUAAUCUGGGCUUCAAUAGCCUGACGGGAUCCAUACCAGCCCAAAUAUUCAACAUGUCAACACUGCUAAAAUUGGGCCUCCAGGGCAACAAGCUAUCUGGAAGACUUCCAUCAUCCAUGGGUUAUGGGUUUUUCAACCUCGAAGAGCUUCCUUAUACUAUAUAA